AGAUGGCGUCCUCUAACAAUCCUCGCAAAUUUAGCGAAAAAAUCGCUUUACAUAAUCAGAAACAGGCGGAGGAAACUGCUGCGUUUGAAGAAGUGAUGAAAGAGCUGAACAUCACCAGAGCUGCUCGGUUGCAGUUACAGAAGACCCAGUAUUUGCAACUAGGGCAGAAUCGUGGACAGUACUAUGGAGGCUCACUGCCCAAUGUCAAUCAGAUUGGAAAUGGCAACAUUGACCUGCCUUUUCAGAACUCUGUGCUGGACACCAGUCGGACUACUAGGCACCACGGGCUGGUGGAGCGUGUUUACCGUGACCGCAACCGCAUCACAUCUCCUCACCGCCGGCCGCUGUCAGUCGACAAACAUGGACGCCAAAUCGACAGCUGUCCUUACAGCUCAGUUUACCUCUCCCCACCGCCAGACACUAGCUGGAGAAGGACAAAUUCAGACUCUGCCUUACACCAGAGCGCCAUGAAUCCCAAACCCCAGGAGGUGUUUGCCGGGGGAUCACAGGAGCUGCAGCCUAAACGAGUACUGCUGCUAACUGUGCCUGGGACCGAGAACUCUGAGUCAAACGAGGAUGCGCAGGAACAGUUGUGGGAUGACAAGAAGGAUGAUUCAUCAAACACAUGUGAUGUCCCAGGAAUCAAUAUAUUCCCAUCACCAGACCAGGAGUUGAACCUGUCCUUGCUCCCUGCUGCACACAACACCGGGGGCUCGCUGCCUGACCUGACCAACAUCCAGUUCCCCCCCCCACUGUCCACCCCGCUGGACCCCGAGGACACCGUGGCCUUCCCCUCCCUCAGCGCCUCCACCAGCACGGGAUGCCUGACCACCAACCUCACCCACCUGGGCAUCAGCGCCGCCAGCCAUGGCAUUACCAGCUCCCCUCAGCCCACCAUGACUGUAACGUCUCAGCGCCGGCAGCCCCCCGUGGUGCCGCUCACCCUCACCUCUGAACUCCAUCUCCAGCAGUCCCCCCAGCAGCUCUCCCCCACCCUCUCCUCACCCGUCAACAUCACACAGAACAUGUCCACAGAGUCGCUGACCCUGGAGCAGCAGCUCUCCCAGCUCCCUCUGUUCAACCAGCUGACGGCACAGGCCCAGGCUCAGCUGCUGAACGACCUCCUGAAGCAGCAGCAGGCGCUGUCGCAGGGCAUCCAGCUCAUCACUCUGCCCCCCCUGGCCUCCCCCGGGACCACCUCCAGCAGCCCCUCCCCAGACAGCCAGAGUCAGACCACCGCCAGCAUCAGCAUCGGCUCGUACCGCAAUCAGACUGGCUCACCAGCCACUCAGUCUCCAACCUCCCCCGUCUCCAAUCAAGGCUUCUCCCCCGGCGGCUCGCCUCAACACAUUCCCAUGGUGGGCAGUAUAUUUGGCGACUCCUUCUACGAUCAGCAGUUGACAUUAAGGCAGACCAAUGCCCUCUCUCACCAGCUGGAGCAGUUCAACAUGAUCGAGAACCCCAUCAACUCCAACAGCCUUUACAACCAGUGCUCCACCCUCAACUACACACAGGCGGCCAUGAUGGGCCUCACCGGGAGCAGCUUACAGGACUCGCAGCAGCUCGGCUACAGUAACCACGGCAACAUCCCCAACAUCAUCCUCACAGUCACAGGCGAGUCUCCGCCCAGCCUCUCCAAAGAGCUGACCAACUCUCUGGCGGGCGUCGGGGACGUCAGCUUCGACGCAGACUCUCAGUUCCCAUUGGACGAGCUGAAGAUCGACCCGCUCACCCUGGACGGACUGCACAUGCUCAACGACCCCGACAUGGUGCUCACCGACCCCGCCACCGAGGACACGUUCAGGAUGGACAGGCUGUAACGUGAGAAGCUGGUCGAGAACAAGGAGAAGAAAAAAAACACACUAACUUGUGAAUGAGAGAACCAAAGGGCCGGAUGAACCCUCUCCCUCGUUGCAUGGCCGUCCAGCUGUCCGACCUCGCCCUCGACUCCCUUUGAAACGAUGCGCCACCAAAAGACAACAGGGAAAAAGACAUCCAGUGGCUUGCCGGGGAAUGGCCUCGCUGUCGUUUUGAAUGAGAUUCGUUGCUCAGCGCUUUCGCUAGCCUGCUGUGUUUACAGUGUACCAUUACAUGCCACAUAUAUUCCAAAAAUCGCACAUUUGACUUUUUUUUCUUUUCAUAUCCACUUUUGUUUUGUGAUAUUUGCUCGUAGCAGGAAGCUGCUCGGACGUUGGGCUCAACCCUACCUGUUGUAGCGGCUGUAUUAAAAAAACAAAAGAAGAAGCAAAACAAACCACAGCCGGUUCGCUUGUCCCAUCGUGCCGCGACGGCUUUCUAUUUCACACUCAAAGCUUUAUUUUUGACAACCAAAUGUUUUUUUCAUCAUGUACUGUAUUUUUUUAUGCUUUAUGUAUUUUCAUGUGUUAUUUAUUUAU